AUGGCGAUCAAAGAGCCGGCGGUCGUCGAAAAGCUCCUCGAGAAGGAAGUGGCUAAAUGGUUUAUGAUCGGACCUUUCCUCGCGCCCCCUUUUGCCCCGUACCGAGUAAGCCCCAUAGGCGUCGCAACGCGCAAGUAUUCUGGCAAGAAACGCCUCAUCAUUGACCUGUCUGCCCCUCACGAUGGCAUCUUGCCCAGCAUUAACAGUUUGAUUCCCCGGGAGCCGUUUUCGCUUUACUACGCUAGCGUCGAUAAUGCCAUCAGCAUGAUAAAAACCGCAGGCAGGGGCGCGUGGCUAGGGAAAGCCGACAUCACCGACGCGUUUAAGGUCAUGCCUCUUCACCCCUCUCAGUGGCAUUUAUUCGGUGUUAGGUGGGGCAGCAAGCUGUACUUCUCUGUCAGGUUGGCGUUCGGCUGCCGCAGCAGCCCACGUAUUUUUGACUCGCUGUCGGAGGCGCUGUGCUGGAUCCUGGUGAAUGUCCACAGGCUGCCGUUCGUUUUGCACCUUCUGGACGAUUUUUUGGUGGUGGAUUUUCCGUCGUCUCCACCCGCCCGCUGUAUCUCGGUGUUGAGGGACACGUUUGGAGACCUGGGUGUUCCGCUGUCCGCGGAGAAAACCGUAGGCCUUUCCUUGGAAUUCCUCGGUAUCAACCUAGAUAGCGUUUCCAUGCAGGCGUCGUUACCCGCGGAAAAACUGGAGCGCGUUCGAAGCGUCCUGAAGGCCGCUUCGGGCGCUGCUUCGAUGGCUAAACGUGAACUGCUUUCGUUGCUAGGCCAUCUGAAUUUUGCAAUGCGCAUCAUACCCCAGGGCCGCGCGUUCGUGUCCCGUCUGUUGGACUUGGCUAAAAGCGUGCCUCAUCUCCAAGACUGCGUGGUGUUGGACGACGGGUGCCGAUCGGAUUUGCGUUUUUGGAGCGUGCUGUGCGAGCAUUGGAACGGUAUCAGUUUUUUCUAUCACGAUUCCGUGGAGUCGUCCGUCGCUCUCGAUUUUUACACCGACGCAGCUCCCUCGGUUGGGUUCGGGGGGUUUCACGGUAACGAGUGGUUCUCCGGAGCAUGGCCCGCGGAGAUAGUCUCUCUAGCUCCGGAGAAUUACUCCACGGCUCCACACGAAUUGUAUCCAAUUGUGAUUGCUUGUCUGUUGUGGGGGCAUUUAUGGUGUAGAAAGAAAAACGUGUUUUGUGACAACGAAGCUACAGUGUACAUCAUCAACAAAGGGAGGUCUUCGGUGCCUUUCAUUAAUAGCUUAGUCAGACGGCUAACGUGGACAAGCGUGCUUGGUAAUUUCAUAUUGCGAGCCACAUUCAUUCCAGGCCUAGAGAACAGAAGCGCUGACGCUCUGUCUCGUUUCAAUUUUCAGAAGUUCCGAAUGCUGCGCCCUCACGCGUUACCGGACGGGUUGGCGUGUCCGCCAUUCCCCCUGACGGUGCUAGAUUAG